AUGUCAAGUGCGAUACGUUUAGAGAAUGCUGCAAAUGAGUUUCGAAAAAUCCAACAAGACUUGUCAAAUGUCAUAGAAGGAAGACAGCGUUUAGAUUCACAAUUACGAGAAAAUGAAAUUGUUCAAAAAGAAUUUCAACUAUUAAAAGAAGAUUCAAAUAUAUUUAAACUUAUUGGACCAGUAUUAGUGAAACAGGAUAAAGCUGAAGCUGUUCAAAAUGUGAAUAAACGAUUGGAAUAUAUUCGAUCUGAAAUAAAACGUAUGGAAAAACAAAUUGAAGAUUUAACACAAAAAUCAGAAAAGAAAAAACUUGAAGUUGUUGAACUUCAAAAUAAUAAAUCGUAA